AUGGUCGGUGCAUGGAGGAGCUGCGGUGAUCCUCACAUGGGCUUCUAUCCUGCCUGAAGACCGAGACUUCAGGAAGAUGGAGGAGGAAGUUGGUGAAAUCAGUGGGUUGUGGAGAGAGUGUACAUGUGGGAAAAGCAGGAGAGGCAGGAGUCAGAGGUGACUGCAAAGAUUCACGUCUGAGGGCUGAGCAGAAUGACGGUGCUGCUGUAAGACCCCCUGAGAAGAGGGGUCUGUCAGAGCACGCCUGCUGGGAGAUACCCACUCCACAGGUCAGAGUCACCAGUUGCAGCUCUAACCCCUGGCUAAAGCCGUGCCAUGAGGGGCAGAGGAGGAGGGGACAUUCCCAAGUCUCACACUGUGCUCAGUGUCCCACACAGCUUCUUCGUCUCUCUUAUUCCAGAGAUGGUGGCAUUGAAAUGUUCCCGAUAACUUGCAGUUGCCUGCCAUGUUCCUGCUAUUCACAGGGAAGGCAUAAUAAAUGGAUUUGGACAAGUUUUAUAUCAGCCAUGGGUUUUGAUGUCAUUUCUGUGAGGUGCUGGAGUGGCCAACCGCUUUCUCAUCUGGCUGAGGAGUGGUGGCCCUCUCUCCCUUUCUAGAAAGGCCUGGGUUUCAGCCUUGGCUCAAUCAUUAACAGGCUGUAUUUGGGCAGGCUACUUAACCUCUCUGAGUCACAAUUGACUCACCUAUCAAUUAGCGACCUCAAAGUGGUACAGGAAGAAUUAAUUGAGGGGACAACAGUUAUCACAGUCCAGCACGCAGUAGCUACUGACUAAAGGACAACAGUAUCUGCUGCUGUGGCUGUCGGGGUGACAAUGACAGUGACGAUGGUGAAAUCAGGUCACCACAUGCUUGAGGUUUCCUCUGGCCACCAGAGGCUGGGUUGUUUUUGUUUAAGAUUUUUAAAGUUUAUUUAUUUUGAGAGAGAAAGAGCACACACAGUGGGGAGGAGCAGAGAGGGAGGGAGACAGAGAAUCCCAAGCAGGCCCCACCCAGGAUGGAGCCCCACAAGGGGCUCGAUCUCAUGACAGCGAGAUCAUGACUUGAGCUGAUAUCCAGAGUCUGUCGCUUAACUGACUGAGCCACCCAGGCUCCCUGAGUCUGUGGGUUGUUUUUGGUGUUUCCCUGUCUCCCUUCCUCUGGAACAGAAAGGGAACCUCCCCUUGCUUCACCUCUCCUGUUCAGUUGCUCUUCUUCAGUGCCCUUCUUUCAUGCCAUGCAAUCCCCUAGUUCUUCUCCAGUGUUAGCCAGGUGACUCGCCGAGGAUUCUCUCAGCGUAUUUUCACCUUCUGUAUAUCUUCUAAUUUUUACUAUGAGAAAGAUUAGUGAUGAGGGAGGUAUUUAAUUUAUUUCAGUGUGGAAGCCCAAGUGAAAGAAGAAAAAAAUAAAAGGAAUAAGGAAUACUUCAGGGUAGUCUUAUUUGUUUUUCUUUUUUAAACUGAGGUAUAGCUGACACACAAUGUUACAUCAGUUUCAGGUGUACAACAUAGUGAUUUGACACCUUCAACCUAAUUUCAAAAGCAGAGAAAAUCUUUGAGAGAUUCCGCUGCCUCGUGUCAUGAACGUGCUGCUGAAUCGCAUGUAGUUACAAGCUUCCUGAAAGUGAGAGCCAUCUUUCAGUCUUCUCUUGUAUGUCCCAAAUUGCCUGGGCACAUGGUAGGUACUUAAUAAAACAUUUGGUUAAAGAACUGAAUUAAAAUAAAUCCUCACCUCCUGCUGACAAAAAGUACCAAUGGUGGGAAAACUGAAAGACAGAAACAAGCAGACUGGUGAAUCCCCAUAUAUUACAUUCGAACUGUUGUUUGAUACUGACCUAUAUUCUCAACAACUUCCAGAUGUCCACUUGGACCCCAGGUGUCAAAAUUUUCUCGAAAUGUUUGUAAAAAUUCAUGAAGAUGUGGGAUUGAGCAAAACCAUAGGACCUGAAAGAACCCAGAAACUUAGAUAAUUCAUGUAAGGAAAAUAUUGAAGAUAUUCUUUAGAAAGGGAGAACUAUUAAUGAAAUUGGCAUUUCUGGGAAGGAAAUGGAGGAAACCAGGGAUUCAUGAGACGUUUACUUGAGAAUUUCUCAUGCAAAGACAUGAUGAAAAAUGUUGAGAAUGGGAGAAUUGUUGGUAAUAUGGAUACUUAUUAAUGCUGAAAAUGUUGAUUAUUAUUUCCAGUGUGGUAUACUUGAAAUAACAUACCAGUUGGAAUAAAAUGAUCUGGUUCUUGUUCUGGAUCCACUUCUUACUGGGGGGCUUCACUAAUUCCCAACCCCUUUGAGCUUUGGUUUUCUCCCUUGUGAUAAGGAGAUCAUGGAGUUUUUUUGCAAGAUAGAUUGCAUAGUGUCUUGUAUAGAGUGGACUGUUGGGCAGUGAAUGGAUAAACGUUUGUGAUAUUAACAAAUAAAUAAGUAAAAUAAACCAAUAAGAUAAUAUGUGCAAAAGGGCUCUAUUAACAGGCAAGUGCUAAAUAAACAUGAAGGAUUGUUGUUAUGAUGUGUUUGUUUUGUCACAGGGGUCUUCUCUGAGAUACAUUUUCUCCAAAUGGAGUCCAUGGCCAUUACGAAUAAUGUGACUGAGUUAAUUUUCACUGGCCUGUUUCAGGAUCCAGAGGUUCAGAGAGCAUGCUUUGUGGUGUUUCUUCCUGUGUACCUGGCCACAGUGGUGGGCAAUGGUCUCAUUGUUCUGACAGUCAAUGUCAGUAAGAGUCUGCGUUCCCCCAUGUACUUCUUCCUUAGCUACUUAUCCCUGGUGGAGAUCACUUACUCCUCUACUGUUGUCCCUAAAUUCAUCACAGACUUACUUGCCAAGAUUAAAACCAUCUCUCUGGAGGGCUGUGUGGCUCAGAUAUUCUUCUUCCACUUCUUUGGGGUCACCGAGAUCCUUUUGCUUGUGGUGAUGGCCUAUGACCGCUAUGUGGCCAUCUGCAAGCCUCUUCAGUAUAUGAACAUUAUGAGCCGCCAACUAUGUCAUGUACUGGUGUCUGGCUCCUGGCUUGGGGGCCUUUUCCACUCCAUUAUACAGAUUCUCAUCACCGUCCAGUUGCCCUUCUGUGGUCCCAAUGUGAUUGACCACUACUUCUGUGAUCUUCAGCCAUUAUUCAAGCUUGCCUGCACUGACACCUUUGUGGAGGGGGUUAUUGUGUUGGCCAACAGUGGCUUAAUUGCUCUGUGCUCCUUCCUCAUUUUGGUGUCCUCCUAUAUUAUUAUCCUUGUCAACUUGAGGAACCAUUCUGCAGAGGGGAGGCGCAAAGCCCUCUCUACCUGUGCCUCUCACAUCACAGGGGUCCUCUUGUUCUUUGGACCUGCCAUCUUCCUCUACAUGCGACCCUCCUCCAUCUUCACUGAGGACAAACUGGUGGCCGUGUUCUACACAGUUGUCACCCCCAUGCUGAACCCCAUCAUCUACACACUCAGAAAUGCAGAGGUGAAAAUUGCCAUGAGGAGGUUGUGGGGCAAAAAGAACUUAGGGAUGGAAUAAAAAUGGGAAAGUGAUAAAGAAAAACAUCUAAUUAUUCUUUGUUUUUGAAAUGAAUUUUGAUUUCAGUGGGACAUUCAGGAAUGGCAAAAACAAAUGUAA